AUGCCCUCGAUCCUUACCGAUGCGGAUAAGGAAACCGUUAAGCGAAAUGUCCCAAAACCCGCCAACAAGAUCCUGGCUGUAGCUGUCGCGCGACUCUACGUUGCCUACCCAGAUCCCCAGAAAUGGACAUAUACAGGCGUGCAAGGAGCAGCAGUGAUCUGCAACGACCUUGUCGGAAGAACAUUCUGGCUCAAAAUAGUCGAUGUUUCGCCCAGUGGAAAGGGCGUAAUCUGGGACCAGGAACUCUUUGACAACUUCCACUAUAACCAAGACCGCACUUUCUUCCAUACAUUCGAGCUCGAGGACUGCCCCGCCGGUCUGUCCUUCGCCGACGAGAAGGAGGCCAAGACAUUUAUUAAGAAGAUACAGGAGCGUGAGAAGCACGCGAGCAAAGAGACCACCAAGACUCCCUUUGCCUCAGGUCGAGGGCAGGGCCCUGCGCCUAUUGCCAAUGGCAAAGGCCCCAGCCGAUCUAUCUUUGGUAGCUUGUUGCAUCGCUCGAGCCAUGCUGCUCCAGCUACUGCUGCACCACCACCUCCUGCUGCUGCGCCGUCAUUACCAGUCGCAGCUCCUCCCGUUCACAUCCCGAGCGCUUCAGCGGCCAAGGCAGACCUGCCCUUUGAUAUAAAUGAUCCCUCGCAAAAGGGCCUAUUCGACGAGCUCCAGCAAAUGGGUAUCACAGCAGACCAAAUGGCGGAGCAUGCCGACUUUAUCAAGUCAUGGAUUGCUGGAAAGCAAGCUAACGAAGCAGCCGAGAAUGCAACCCCAACUGGAAGAGCUGCUCCACCACCACCUCCCGCCGCCGCACCCAAGAUAAAUACAAUCAGUCCCCAGGGCACAGGUAGCUCCGGUCGACGCGGCCCUCCACCUCCACCCCCUGCUCGCAAAGGUCGCGCCGACACGGAGGAGCCGGCAUCACCUCCGCCUCGCGAACCGUCUCCGCCUGUUCGACGGUUUGCUGCACCUCCUCCGAUUGCAGAUGCCGGCAAGUUCGCUGAGCCGGCCGGCCCAGCACACCCGAGGCGCCCACGAGCCGUCUCAAGUGCUGUACCGGGUCCCCCUCCACCUCCACGUCCUCCAAAGACUCCAAUGGAGGAAUCACAGCCUAGUCCGACUCGAUUUGGAGUACCUCCGCCUUUUGCGGGGGAUCGCAAGGCCUCAGCGCCCCCUGCGCCCCCCAGUCGCAGCCCAGUUGCUCCAGGUCCUCCACCACCGCCCCCUCGUGCAGGCAGCCCGGCAGUCCAACCACCGCAACUACCCCCCAAGGUCUCAAAUGCAAAUCUUCCACCUGGUCCACCACCUCCCCCACCCGUGAGAGGACCUGCAUCCCCACCACCACCAGCUCCCCGGCCCGUGCCAAGCCCUAUCGCAGCAGCACCUCCUCCGCCUCCCAGAGGACCUGCCUCCCCCCCCCCUCCACCGGGUACCGGGGCACCCGCAGCACCUCCGCCUCCGCUUCCACCGGGCCGUGGCCCUUCACUACCUCCUCCGCCUCCGGCACCCGGUUCUGCUGUCCCUGGAGGACCCCCACCUCCUCCACCACCUGGUCGGCCCGCAGCGUCGGUUCCGCCACCGCCGCCACCUCCUGGUGCUGGUGCACCUGGUGGUCCCCCACCGCCGCCUCCGUCUGGGGGUUCUGGAGCACCUCCUCCUCCUCCAUUGCCAGCAGUGGGCGAAGAUGGACGAGGCGGCCUCAUGGCUGCCAUUCGUGCCUCUGGCGGCCAGGGUGGAGGAGGUUUGCGCAAAGUCAGGGACUCCGACAAGAAAGACCGCAGUAGUGCUAUGGUCCCUGGAGGUGCCCAAGAGUCGGCUGCUGCGGCGUCUAGUUCAGGAGGUGCGCCACAGGGUGGAUUGGCUGGUGCACUCCAGGAUGCUUUGAAGAAAAGAAAACAGAAAGUCAGCGGAAGCGGUAAGUGA